AGCGCCUUGGCUACGAGACCGAGUCUCCCGCGUGGGUACUUACUGGGUAGUCUGAGUGGCGGGACUGCGGCGACCGUGAGUGUAAGUGGCUGGGACACCUGAGUCCGGCGCGGCCAUGCUGACCCCCGCGUUCGACCUCAGCCAGGACCCCGACUUCCUUACCGUCGCCAUCCGCGUGCCCUACGCCCGGGUCUCCGAGUUUGACGUCUACUUCGAGGGGGUCGACUUUAAGUUCUACGCCAAGCCGUACUUUCUCAGAUUAACCCUUCCUGGAAGAGUUGUAGAAAACGGAAGUGAACAGGGAUCCUAUGAUGCGGAUAAAGGAAUUUUUACCAUUCGAUUGCCGAAGGAAACUCCUGGCCAGCAUUUUGAGGGACUGAACAUGUUAACCGCUCUUCUGGCACCAAGAAAAUCCAGGACUGCCAAACCACUUGUGGAAGAAAUAGGUGCUUCUGAAGUUUCUGAGGGAGGAGUAGAAGCUGAGGAUGAAGAGUUUGACUGGGAAAUUGAACAGGUCCCCUAUGAAGAGGUAUCAGAAAGUGCUCUGAAUCCACAGUACCACUAUGGAUUUGGAAAUUUACGAUCCGGAGUGUUUCAGCGGUUACAGGAUGAAUUGAGUGAUGUUAUUGAUAUUAAGGAUCCAGAUUUCACUCCUGCACCUGAACGAAGGCAGAAACGCCUGGAUGCUGAGUUGGCCAAGUUUGAUCCUGAUCAUUAUCUAGCUGACUUUUUUGAAGAUGAGGCUGUUGAACAGAUUUUGAAGUAUAAUCCUUGGUGGACUGACAUAUAUUCAAAAAUGAUGGCCUCUUUGGGAAAGAGUCAGGAGCAAGAAAAUCAUGCUGCAUUAGUGUCUUUUUCUGAAGAAGAGAAAUAUCAGCUGCGAAAAUUUGUCAAUAAAUCUUACCUACUGGACAAGAGAGCUCUUCGCCAAGUGUACUACAGUUUGAUUGAUAUCCUUCUGGCAUAUUGCUAUGAAACUCGUGUCACUGAAGGAGAGAAGAACGUUGAGUCUGCAUGGAACAUUAGAAAACUGAGUCCCACACUGUGCUGGUUUGAGACUUGGACUAAUGUUCAUGAAAUCCUGGUGUCUUUUGGAAGAAGAGUUUUAUGCUACCCACUUUAUCGCCACUUCAAGCUGGUGAUGAAAGCUUACAGAGACACUAUAAAGAUCUUGCAACUAGGUAAAAGUGCAGUUUUAAAAUGUCUACUGGAUGUUCACAAAAUUUUUCAGGAAAAUGACCCAGCUUACAUUCUGAAUGAUCUCUACAUCUCAGACUACUGUGUGUGGAUUCAGAAAGCCAAGUCCAAUAAGUUGGCAGCUCUUGCAGAAACCUUAAAGGAAGUGUCCCUGACAAAGGCCCAGCUGGGAUUAGAACUGGAAGAACUGGAGGCCGCAGCACUUCUUGUCCAGGAGGAAGACACUGCAUCAAGAGCAGGCCGUCCUGUUUCCAGGCAGCAGACACCUGCCUGCCCUCCUGAGGCAGGGGACACGGAGGAGUCAGACAGCACCACCUCACGUGAGACCGAAGGCUCGGACUCUGAACAAGGGGAGCUCUCAGGUGGUGAGUCUGAGACAGUGCAUUCCUGGCAGGGUCCCUUUCUCAAGGAACGCGGCGACCUGCUAAUUGAUGACGGGGUGUGCAGAAACUCAGCCGUCGAGAGAUGUGGUGGUAGUCCGAGAAAGCCACCCGCCUCCCCCCGGGCUCCUGGAGGCUCUGGGCCGCUGAUAGAGGAGCUUGGAGAGCAACUGAACUCGAGAGUUCAAGUGUCCGGACCUGAGGACUCCGCGGCUGCAAGCCACAGCAGCGUGCAGGGCAGAGGCGACUGGCAGACACCAAGUGAUUGACUCUGCGUGGUUUUCCUCACUGCCGAGAAUUAUGGCGGGUUUGGUUUCCUUUACAGAACGAGAAUCCACUUCCACUUGGUCCUUUUUCUUAGUGUAUGCAACACUUUUCCACGGAGCUUAUGUUGAUACCUGUUGGUUUCCUUGUCACAAUCUUAAAAAUAACGUUUUAAAGUAUUUUCACCAAAGUAUAAUUAAUAUUGAAGACGAAAUAACAGUUCUGGCAGAAUCUCUAGAAGGUAGAGCCCAUGAAUAUAUUUAUCUUAAAGAUUUUAUUUUUAAGUAAGCUCUAUAACCAACGUGGGGCUUGAACUCGCAACCCUGAGAUCGAGUGUCACACGCUCUACUUGCUCAGACACUGUACAUUAAGUAUGCAUCUCCUAGGAUUUAAUAUAAAUGGAAUCAUGUAAUAUGUACUCUUUUAUAAAUUAGGCUCAUUUCACUCACUGUAAUUAUUUUCAGAUUCAUCAAUGUAGCCUGUAUUGAGAGGGCUUUUUUGGUUUUUGUUUUUUCCCUGUAUCAGAGUAGUAGUUCAUUGGAUAGAUUUUUCCAUUCACCUACUGAUGGACGUUUGGGUUGUUUCCAGCUUUCGGCUGUUCCAAAUAAAGCUGUUACGAACAUU